AUGCGCGCCGUGCUGCAGCGUGUGAAGCAAGCCUCUGUGCACGUGGACGGGCAGCUGGUAUCGCAGACCGGCCCCGGCUUCCUUGCACUGAUCGGCGUGUGCAAUGACGACACGCCCGAGCACGCCGAUAUCCUGGUCAAAAAGAUCCUCAGCCUCAAGCUCUGGCCAGAAGGCGCACGCGUCGAGCAAGGCGCGCUGAACAAGGUCGACGUCGAGACGGCCAGGCCGUGGGCGGUGAAUGUGUGCGACCUCGGGGGUGAGAUUCUGUGUGUCUCCCAAUUCACGCUCUAUGCCAAGACCGCCAAAGGGACCAAGCCCGACUUUCACCGCGCAAUGAACGGUGCAGAGUCCAAGCCGUUCUACGAGGCGUUUUUGGAAAAAAUGCGCGGCGCGUACCAGGCCGAGCGCAUCAAGAGUGCGUAG